AUGUACUGUAAUAACAUUGCUUCUGUAUUUUUUACCAUUGUUUGGUUAUGUUCAAUGGGAGAAUGUGCCGUUUUACAAACAUACAUCAAUGGUGAAUAUAAAAAUAGUGUAUCUGAUUUGAAUUGUAAUCAAUAUAAUAAUGAUUAUGAUAUUAUUCGUCAGUUUCCUUUUCCACUUUUGAUUAAUCCAGUUGAAUAUGCAUUCAAUAAAAGUGCAGCUGUUAUGUAUAAGAACAAUAAUGCAUCAAUUCAAGAAAUUUAUAUUAUGGAUGAAGAAAUAAUUCCAGCAAGUAUAUUUUGUUUAUCAAAUCUUGAAGAAUUAACCAUCAUAUCGACACCAUUUCAAAAUGGUAUUAUUCCUGAUGCUAUAGAAAAUUUAAAACAACUACAACAGCUUAUGAUUUAUGAAUCACCUAUUAAAAAAAUAACAGAAAAAUUGGUAACACUUCCUAAACUUUUAACGUUACUUUUAAGCAAUUGUUCAUUAACUUAUAUACAAGAUCUUAGUAAACUUAAAACACUUGAAAUGCUUGAACUUUCAAAUAAUUAUUUGACGCAUAUCAAUGACGUUCCAGCUCUAGGAUUAUUGAAACUUGAUGGAAAUCUUUUCAAAGAAAUACCAGUAAUAAAAAAUACGGACAACAUUUGGUUCUUAGAUAUGAACAAGAAUCCUUUGAUAAAUGCUUUACCAAUUUUAUCGUACAAAAAUGUAAGAUAUAUCUUUUUAGAAAAUGCAACAUUAACAUCUAUUCCACCUACAAUUGAUAAAUUACAAAAAAUUGAAUAUCUACUUUUAACGGAUAACAAAAUAUCAUAUCUUCCAACGAAUGUACUUAAUUUACCUAAUCUUAAAGAAUUUUCUAUUAGGAAUAAUUUAUUAUCAUCGGGUGAUAUGAAAUUAAUUGAAACAGCAUUCAAAAAAUCUCAUCCAGAUUUAUAUAUAUGUGUUUGA